UGUUGUACAAUGAUGGAAUAUCGACAGCUCAUGUGAAGAUUAGACAUCAUGUGAGUUUUGUCUGUAACCACUAAGAAUAAUUGACGAGCUAGACGUACCAUGAGAGUAGGAACGCCUCGUUUGAUUGGAUCUUUCGGGAAUCAACAAUGGAGUCAUUCACUGAUGUGAAUGUAGAGUGGAAUGAUGUACCUGAAUUCAACCCAGGAACAACUGAUGAUGAUGUCGACUCUGAUGGUGAAGAUCGAAGAGAGCGUAACGAUUACAACAUCGAAAAGGAAGCCAUGAGCUUUGUUGAUGAACCUCAAGUGAAGCAUAACGUGUAUCCAGAGACAUAAUGAGAUGAAGAGAUGGAGGAGGUUGAAGUGAAUCAGAGAAAAGAGAAGCAGAGAACUAUCUACAGGCGCGAUGAGUUUAGGAGAGGCAGUGGGGAGUUGUUUGUUGGGCAAGUGUUCAUCAAUGGAAUUGCGUUUAAGAAAGUAGUUCUCGACAAUGCUCUGAAAACUGGCAGGAACAUUAGACAGAAUCGAUAUGACAAGACAAAGAUUGGAUUUGUAUGUCAAGGCAAAGGUUGCUCUUGGCGUGUCUACUCCUCAGCUGCAGCAAAGUAUCCUAACAAAUGGGUGGUGAAAAUCAUGAAGAAGGAUCAUACCUGUGUUCCUACGGGUACUAGUGAGAUGCUUAAAGUGCCACAAAUAGCUCGUUUGUUUGUCGACAAGAUCAGAGAAGAACCAGAAUACUUCAUGCCAAUGAAGAUUGAGCAGCUUGUUAUGGAGAAAUGGAAGAUCAAUGUUAGUAGGCCGCAAUGCCAACAUGCUAGGAACAAAGCUCUCAGAUGGAUUGAAAGAGAGUAUGAUGAGCAGUUUGGACGCCUGAGGGAUUACUGCGAUGAGAUAAGAAGCUCGAAUUAAAAUUCAUCUGUUGAGCUUGACUGUGUGAAAAAUGAUGAUGGGGAUGACGUUUUCAACAGGUUUUAUGUCUGUUUUGAUGUUCUGAGGAGAAGCUGGAAAGAAUCGUGCAUGCCACUAAUUGGAGUAGAUGGAUGUUUCUUGAAGUCUAGGAUGAAAGGACAGCUGUUAGUGGCUUUGGGUCGAGAUGGCGACAACGCAAUUUACCCUGUCGCAUGGGCUGUGGUAGGAGUAGAGAACAAAGACAAUUGGUUGUGGUUUGUGAAAAAGAUCAAGGUUGAUCUAGGCCUAGAAGAAGGAGAGGGUUAUGUUAUGGUUUCAGAUCGUCAGAAAGGAUUGAUUGCUGCUGUUAAGAGAGCACUGCCGUGGAUUGAGCAUAGGAUGUGUGUUAGACUUAUCUAUGGUAACUUGAAGAAGAACCAUGGGAAGAAACCUGAUAUGAAGCUGAAGAUUUGGAACCUUGCUUGGAGCUACAAUGAGGCUGAUUACAAAGCAAAGCUUAGAGACAUUGAGCAGUACGAUCAAGGUGUUUAUGACGACUUGAUGAAGUCAAAGCCAGAGAAGUGGUGCAGGGCGUUCUACAAGCUUGGACCUUAUUGUGAAGACGUGGAGAACAAUUCAACUGAAUCAUUCAACAACUCCAUAGGUAAAGCCCGAUACAAGCCAUUUGUACCUAUGUUGGAGACAAUAGCUCGCUUGGCAAUGGUUCGUAUAGCAAAAAGGGAUGUCAUUUGCAGCAGUCACGAAGGACCGUAUGUCAUUGAGAAGCUCGAGAGUUUGCAUAAGCUUGCCUCAGAAUCGACGGUUAGACCUUCCACCAACCAGAUGUAUGAGGUUACUACUAGUUAUGGUUGUGCACAUAGGGUGAGCUUGGAAAGUAGAACUUGUAGUUGCAGGACCAGAACCAUCUAUCAUGGAACCUAAGAUCCCAGAUCAACCAGGCCGUAAGAAGGUGACGAAAGCUGAUAAAAAGAGGAAGAGACGAGUCAAUGAAUCACCAACGAAGAAAAAAGAUAAGGGCUUGAAGCGAACCAUGCACUGUGGGGUAUGUGGGCAAGCUAAUCAUAACUCCAGGUUCCAUAAGAAUGAUCCGAAACAGAGUGGUGAAUCUUCUCAGCCUGAAGCCUCCCAAGGUGCUAGUGGCUCUCAAGUUACACAACCAAGGAAGUGACCCAUGGAAAGAAGAGAAGAUGGAUGUGAAGAAGUGGUUUUUUAUGGUGUUCUAGGUGCUUUUUAUCUCGGUUUUAGGUGUUUUUUUUAGGUUCUAGGACCUUGUUUCUCGGUUUUAGAUUCUUUUUGCACGUUCCAUGACCUUGUUUCUCGGAUAUCAGGUUUAGUUUAAUGGAUUUAAACUCUAUUUUGAUGUGUUCAAGAUAUGCUUUAGAGGCAAUGUAUGAUAUUUUAAUGGCUUUGGUCAUUGUUUUUAUUUUUGAUUUGAAAUCA